CGCUGCCGCCCGCAGGUACCCGCCGCGGCACGCGUGGGUGCGCCGGGGGUCGCGCUGGGGCCGGGAGAGGGGCGCCUCGCCCCGCGGCUGCGUGGGGGCCCGGCCGCUCCGCUCCCCCUCGCUCUCCCCCGCCCCGCUUCGCUGCGUGGGGCCGGCCCCCGCCGUGUCCCGCGGCCCGCGCUGCUGAGGGGCCAUGAAGGUGAAGGUGAUUUCUGUCCUGGAGGACAACUAUAUGUACCUGGUGAUCGAGGAGAGCACCCGGGACGCCAUCGCGGUGGACGCCGCCGUCCCCAAGAGGUUGCUGGAAAUCAUCAGGAAGGAGGACGUGGUGCUCAGAGCGAUCCUCACCACGCACCACCACUGGGACCAUGCGAGGGGCAACGAGGAGCUGGCGCGGCUCUGCCCCGGCCUGCACGUGUACGGCGCCGAUGAGCGGAUCGGGGCCCUGACACACAAGGUGACCCAUGACCAGGAGCUGACGUUUGGGGCCAUCCGGGUGAGGUGCCUCUUCACCCCCUGCCACACCUCGGGCCACAUGUGCUACUUCAUGUGGGAGGACGGCUCCCCGGACGCUCCUGCUCUCUUCUCAGGUGACACCCUGUUCGUGGGAGGCUGUGGGAGGUUCUUUGAGGGGACAGCGGAGCAGAUGUACACCAACCUCACCCAAGUGCUGGGGGCUUUGCCAAAGGAGACAAAGGUGUUCUGCGGCCACGAAUGCACCGUCCGGAACCUCAAGUUUGCCUUGAAAGUGGAACCAGAGAAUGAAAUAGUGAAGAAGAAACUCGCCUGGGCCAAACAGCGGGACAACGAGGACUUGCCCACAGUUCCCUCCACGCUGCAGGAGGAGUUCCUCUACAACCCUUUCCUGCGGGUCACGGAGGAGUCUUUGCAGAAGUUCACGGGCAAGACAGACCCGGUGGAGGUGCUGAGGACCCUCCGCACCGAGAAGGAUAACUUCAAGAAGCCCAAGGAGCGGCCCCAUCCCCAGGCCGUGCUCGCCUUCGACUGGGGACUUUUCCGCCCCUUCCUUGAGAAGAAGUGAGCAGCUGCCAAAAAGCAGCAUCCCCGUGGCCACGGGGGCUUCCUCCUGCCCUGUGUCCUCCUGUGAGACUCUGCACUUGGGAAGUGGUUUCUGUCUUUAACCUGCUCGUAUUGAGGCUGCUUUGCUUCACUCCAUGCACCAUGCCCAAGUGCCCUAGCUGAGGCAGGUCCCUGGGGGAGGGAAUCUACAGCGAGCUCGGGCAGCUCCGCAGGCAGGGAUGAGGCACCGAGACGUGGAUGCACUGGAGGAAGCCGGGAACUGGCACUGCCACUGGCGUUCAGCACUACCUGCCUGACUUCAGGGCUGGGCUAAUAGAAACCCUCAUUGCGGUGGGGCUUUUCCCCCUCCUUUUUUGUUCCUUAUUUUUAUAGCAGGCCAAGGUAGAAGCGUGGCGCAGGGAUCUGUAACGCGAUCGCUGCCUGUGGGGACCUGUCCCAACCGCUUAAACCGGGCCCAGCGUGUUCAGGCGGCCUCCAGGCCCGGAGCACAGCCAGUCUGACCCAGGGGUUUCCUCACUUUUCAAGGUGUGACAGUUUAUAAGCAGCUUCCAUUCCCCCCCUGCCAAGUUUAAAAACUGGAAAACACUUCUCCGAACCUCUCAUUUAUGUUGCCUUGUCCUUACAACAAGCGUUCAGGAGCAGCUGGGUCCCUUAAGCCUCUUCAGCCUCCAGUGUGAGCAGAAUCAGGAUUGUAUUUUAGUUUGAGGAACGUGCAAAGCUUUUCUGUGCAGGUGGUGGGCAGGUGUCUUACAAACCAAUUACCUUUUUUGGGGAGAAAAACCUCGGGGUUGCUGGCUGCUCUGGAGGCUGUGGCAGUGCCCCGAGGGCUGCGCCGGGCGGGUGAGUGUCUCAGUGUUGCUGAGGUUACACCCGUGUGUGUGUUUGUGUGUGUUUCAAAUAGAAUCAGAGGAACAGAGUAGGCAUUAAUCCUUUACCAAAUGUUGUCAUUUUGAAGUGUUGAUUACAAAUUUUAUGGCUCUUAACACUGGAACAGGGCUGACUUCAGGAGCUUUGUGUGGGCUGUGAACUGCACCCCUUAGCACUGACACCUGGUUUGUGGCCUCUUCUUCCCUCGCUAGAAACUCAAGUAAGGUUUUCUUUUUUCCUAAGUUACAGUGAGAAUUUCCUCUCCUCUACAAGAGGGGAGGAAUUGAUCCUUCUGUACCAGUUGCCCCUCAGUCUAACUGUGACGGUGCAGUGAGUAGCUGUUACCUGGGAGUUCCUCUGGGAGUUUAUUUCUCCCAGAGCAGCUUGGGGCUGAGUCCUGGCCUGCAGCAAAUCACCAGGGCCAGCAGGUUUGAGCUGCCAGGACAGGCCCCAGGAGUGUCUGCAGGAGCUGAGGGCUGGGCCUAUCCUCAGCAGAGCCCUCUGGCAGUAUCAGUGGGGCACAGGUUGGUACCUGGGUAACACACUGUAGCCCCCAGUUGUUUAAUCUCCAGCUAAUGGAGCUAAUUUGAGCUAUUUGUGCAUUUUGGGCAUCCUGAGAAUGUUCUCAGCAGCCACAGAAUGUGCUUUUUCUGCCCUGAUGUACAGCCAGUCUCAGCCCAUUGGCCCUGUGGACUGACCCAGCAGUAGCUCUCCUGCUGAGGAACCCUCGUGGGGUAGCACAGCACGGAGUGUCACACAGCUCUGCCUGGAAUGGGGCCGUCUCCCAAACCACCAGCUUGCUUGUAAACACAACAGAGUGGGAGCUCCUUGCCUUAUGAACACUGUGAAUUCACUAAUUGAUCAGCAACACCUGGAAAAUGUACAGCUUUAAUUAAAACCCUUUCAAAAAAUGCCUUAUGCACUGUUGGUGUGCUUUUAAUGAAGAAUGGAUGAGGCUUUGCGAGGAGGAAGGCGAGUAUUGCCAGGGGUGGGUGACGAGAGCCAGGCUGAAGCUGGACUGCUUUGCUUCUGGACAGCCCUGCCUGCACUUUGGGUGGGAGGAGCUGGGCCAGGGGUCUGCGGGGGGCAGAGUCAGUAACCAGCUGCACCUCAGACAUUGACUCUGAGGGAACAAGGCACCGUGGCAGCUUUGUUUUCAGUUUUCACCCAUUUAACUCUGCUGCCUGCACUGGCCUCCUGCAUGCAGAGGAACUGCACAAUGGAGAAGUAUCAAAGUGAUUUAGUCUCUUGAGGUUCCCACCCACUCGCAGCUGCAGCUUCCCCUCCAGCUGUGGCUGUCCCCCCACCUUCCCACACGCACCCUAACUCCAGCAAAACUGAUACUGCGAUUAAAUACAGCAAACCAGAGUUGCUCAGUGACUAGCAGCAACAAGGCCCUUGUCGGGGCAUCCCGGUAACCACGACCUGUGGCCCCGCCAGGCACCACAGCAGAGGGCUCUGCAGCCUCCUGGGCAGGUCUGGAAGGAUACACCCUCAAUGAUCCCAUCUCACAGCCACCUUCUAUUAACCUUUGGAAAGUAACAGCUUUAUGAGGCACUGAGGACUUUGUCCUUUCUUGGAAGGAAAGAUGGCAAUAAAUUCUGCCUUGGAACUCUGUAAAAAA